CUCUGCUUUUAUGGAUGCAGCAGCGUGAGCAGUCUCACUUGGGGUUUUUUUUGUUUGUUUGUUUUGUUUUUUCCCCCUCCUUCCUUUCCCCACGUCUGUCUCUCUCCCUCUCAGGUGUCUGCGUUUCGGGGUCCUUUUGCAUCACCGUUAUCCAGGAGCCCGGGAAGCCCCCUCACCCCCCUUCCUCCCGGUUUCACCUCCCGCUGUAGCUGAGCUGCUGAGAUAAUGGAGCUCAGGACUGUAGUAGCCACCGUGGAAAGCGGGGAGCAAGACACGGUUCUCAAGGUGCUUCAGAUCUACAACCAGGAGAAAUCUCAGUGCUUCACCUUUGACGAUGAGGAGCGGGAGGAGAGGAAGAAAAUGGCCCAGCUGCUGAUCAAGUUCCUGGAAAGAGAGCUGCAGCCAUCCUGCCAGGUCACGUGUUUGGAAAGCAUCCGCAUCCUGUCCCGGGACAAAUACUGCCUUGAGCCCUUCACCACCAAGGAAGGCCUGAAGACCCUCUCCAGGCAUGCUGGCAUUGAUUACUCAGAGGAGCUCAUCCGGGAGGUCCCAGACUUGGAUGUAAUCCUGGAAUCCCUCAAAUGUCUCUGCAACAUUGUGUUCAGCAGCCCAAGGGCACAGGAGCUGACAGCCGAAGCCCGGCUGGUGGUGGGCCUGGCCAAGCGCAUCAAACUGUACAAUGAGAGGAGUCUUCCUCAUGAGGUCAAGUUCUUUGACCUGCGUCUCCUGUUCCUNCUGACGGCGCUGAGAGUGGACAUCCGGCAGCAGUUAGCCCAAGAGCUCAGGGGCAUCAGCCUGAUGACAGAUACCCUGGAGCUGACGCUUGGUGUGAAGUGGAUGGACCCCUACGAAGUUGCCACCGAGGAGGGACUUCUCCCACCUUUGCCUCGGCAGGAGACAGAGCGAGCCAUGGAGAUCCUGAAAGUGCUCUUCAAUAUCACAUUUGAUUCCAGCAAGAGGGAGGUGGACGAGGAAGAUGCUGCUCUGUACCGGCACUUGGGUGCCCUCCUGCGCCACUGCCUCAUGAUCUCUGCUGAUGGAGAGGACCGGACAGAGGAGUUCCACAGUCAUACGGUUAACCUUCUGGGCAACCUGCCCCUGAAAUGUCUGGAUGUCCUCCUGACCCCAAAAGUCCGGCCAGGCUCACUUGAGUACAUGGGUGUCAACAUGGACGCAGUCAGCAUCCUGCUGGAUUUCCUAGAGCGGCGCCUUGACAGGGGACACAAGCUGAAGGAGAGUUUGACCCCUGUGCUGAACCUGCUGACCGAGAGUGCCCGAGUCCACCGCCAGACGAGGAAGUUCCUGAAGGCAAAGGUGCUGCCUCCGCUCCGGGACGUGAGGAAUCGGCCAGAGGUGGGGAACUCGCUGCGGAACAAGCUGGUGCGUUUGAUGACCCACAUCGACACCGACGUGAAGCACUGCGCAGCAGAGUUCCUCUUCGUGCUCUGCAAGGAGAGCGUGUCGCGGUUUGUGAAGUACACGGGCUAUGGGAAUGCAGCCGGGCUCCUGGCAGCACGAGGCCUCAUGGCUGGCGGUCGGGAAGAGGGAGAGUACUCGGAAGAUGAAGACACAGACACUGAGGAGUACAAAGAAGCAAAGCCCAACAUUAACCCUGUGACGGGACGCGUCGAGGAGAAGCUACCCAACCCCAUGGAAGGGAUGACUGAAGAGCAGAAGGAAUAUGAAGCCAUGAAGUUAGUCAACAUGUUUGACAAAUUGUCCAGAGAGCAAGUCAUCCAGCCCAUGGGCAUCACGCCGAGUGGCAACCUGGCCCCCAUGGAGAAUGCCAUCCGCGAUAUGGCUGACGAGAGGUCGUCAUCCGACUCGGACCUGGGGCUGGAUUGAUCCUUGCCCCAGCCUCAGGGAGCUGGGGAGCCUCCGUCCGCUCUCCCUCCAGAACUGGUGCUGCACCCAGAGGCUCGUACUGGGCCGGGACUCUCCCUGUGGGAUCUGGAUCCAGUCUGGACCCCUCAGUUCACAACAAGGAACACCUCCUGCCUCCUUCCCAGCUCCAUAACCACCCCUCCUUCCAGAGCGUCUUCAUGGCCUGGCUCCACCUUGGUCUCUCCUGUCAGCAGCCUUGAGGAUUUCAUACUCCAAAUUGCUUCCAGGACUUUCCAGUAGGAUUUUUUUUUUUUUUUAAAUACAUGAUGUUUGGGA